AUGGCUGAGGAAAACAGAUUAUACGUUAAGGGUAAGCACGUGUCUUUCCAACGUUCCAAGAGUGUUAUCCACCCAAAGACUUCCUUGAUCAAAAUUGAGGGUGUCGAAAACUCAAAGGAUGCUGAGUUCUACAUUGGUAAGAGAAUCGCUUACGUCUACAAAGGUGUAAAGGCUAUCAACGGUACAAAGGUCAGAGUCAUGUGGGGAACAGUCACCAGAACUCACGGAAACUCUGGUGUUGUCAGAGCUAAGUUCGAACGUAACCUUCCAGGUCAGAGUUUUGGUUCCACUGUCAGAAUCAUGCUUUACCCAUCUAACAUCUAA